AUGCGUCUAUGUAUUGAACAAGGCCUGCAUAAGCAUCCUCCUCCAAGUUCUGGUACUACUUUGAUAAAUGAGCAACUCGAACGCAGGGUAUUUUGGGAAUGUUAUAUGAUCGAUCGAUACAGCUCAAUCACUCUGGAUCGACCGUGCGCAAUUGCAGAACGAUAUAUUGAAAUCGGAUUUCCAGCAGACGCCAACGACGAAGAACUACUAGCUGCAGACACCUCUGGAUCAUUUACAGACUUAGACUCCUUUUGCGCUGCCUCAUCGACUGCUCCUUCGUCUACCCUAGCUAAUACAGAGAUGUCUGUUUUCUUUGCCUGUCUGCGCCUACGACAAAUAACGUCACGCAUCCAUUCAAAAUUUUGUGCCCAGGACAGAUCUCGUACUGCACGAAAUAAUACAUUGGUUCAAGGCAUUGUUUAUGAAGAGCUUGAUGAGCUGCUCUCUGCACUACAACAGUGGCGUCAGUCCACUCCUGUAUUCCAUACACCCCAAACCUUAUAUGAGACCCAGGAAUGGUAUGAUCUCCUUUAUUUCAGAGAAAGGCUGCAAUUGAUCAGGAAGGCUAUUGAUAUUGUUCCAAAGUGGAAUAGCAUCCCACCAAGAGAACUGUUAUCAUUAUGUUCCGAAAGUGCAGUCGGAGCUAUCAGUGCCUUUUGGCAGCUUUUUGAAAGCAGGAAGAUCACAUUCACGCGAAGCUACUUUCAAAUGCUCUUUACAGCCGGCCUGUCUGUUAUGUACUGCAUGUCUGCUGUGAAGGAUAUUGAUUCAGAAUCCAUCAGAGCUGGCAUAGAUGCUGUCACAAAAUGCGAGGAAAUACUCAAAAAGAUGGGUGUGAACUUGCCUGAUGCAAAAAGAUAUAUUGCUGUUUAUGAGUCGUUGAGUGAGUAUGUCAUUCGAAAAUGCAGUCGCAAUUCGCGCGAGGAGGUUCAGUACCGACCACAAGAAUGGUUCCCGUCAAACCCCCAUGAACAAACAAUCCCAAGCAUCUCCACCAUGACUACAAAUGAACGACACGCACCAUCGAAUCUUCCUGAAAUAUUGGUGGAAUCAGCCCCAUUCAUUCGCCAUUAUGGCCUGGCGUCCACUGGAACACAUGGUACAUCUGAGAACAUGUCAUCCAGUGACAAUUGUACGAACGUACAGCUCAUGACUGGAGCAUAUUCUUCUAUUUACCCGGAUGCACCUUUAUCAGAAGGCUCAGUCCUAACAUGUGAUAUUUUCGCUGAUGAUGCUUUGUGGAGCAUGGAAGCUGGCUUAAAUGAGUAUGCAUAUGGCGAUCCGCCCGCAAUCCUAUAUUUAAACGAUGCUUUUGAUCCACAAAGUUUUGUAUGA